UUAAAUCGCCGACUAGAUCUCUAUUUUCCUUGAGCGGAUCUCUUCAUAAAUGGAUUUCUUUGUUACAGUCAAAGAUCGAAAUCCAGAGUAAAACUAAAACAUCAGACCAUGGAGACAUACAGUUUCAGUACAAGCAUUGGUGCCUUCAGCGCCAUUGAAUCUCUUUUAGAGAUUAGCGAGACUGAUUUCAGGAAUGAUGCUUCUGAAAUCAUUAUAAUGGACGACGCCCAAUUUGAGAUUCCUAUUUCUGAUGUCAUGAUGGACGCAUUUUGUCAAGAGCCGGAGAUAUCCUCAGAAAAUAGGAUUCGUGAGCCGCAGCAUAGUGCCUUCAGUGCGUACAUAAAACCUCAAGCAAACGCCGCCGCGGAUUCUUCCGCAUCCUGUGAGAAUCUGCACAAAAGAUGUUUCAGAUUUCUGAGAAAAAUCGAUCAAGAUAGAAAGGUAGAGGUCCAGAGAUCACGCCGAUCGGCUUCUGCUGUUGCUCGCAACAAUAAUCAAAGGUUAAAGGCGAAAAAGAAGGAUCAAUCUAAAUCGGCAUUUAAGCACAUGAUUGCAGAGCGCAAUAGGAGAGUUAAAUUGAAAGAGCAUUUCGAGAAUCUUUACAAACUUCUUCCAAGAAAUUGCAAGAACGAUAAGCAUUCAAUAUUGGCGAAUACAACAUACUAUUUGACAGAACUAAAGUUUCGCGUUUGCGAGCUGGAAAAACAGAGUGAAAGCGUUGACGAAUCGAUUCCGAGGAAUUUCUCAAAUAGCGAGGAAGGAAGUGCAGGGUUCGAGUCCCAUGGCAAUCCUUUCAAUUCAAACAGCAUAUUACUUUACCGAAGCGACGAUGUGAUUUUGGAGCAAUGCGAUGACAUCCCCUGUCAAGUUAAAAUUAUAAUUAAUGUGCAGAUUACAAUGGCUUCUUGCUCAGCAAGUCUAUUUCUCAGAGUAAUAGAUGAUAAGCAUUUGACAAGUCUAGAUGAUAAGCAUUUGACAAGUUUUGAAAUCGCCUAUAAUCUAAUUCUGAAAUCUGAUUUUUCAAACAAGCGACGAUUUACUUGGAAAUUUCCAAAUUGUGAGGGAAUCUAUUUACCAAAUUAA